AUGCCGGCCUUGGCUUGCUGCAUAGACGCCGCUGUAGCUUCACCUCCCGGCUACGCCAUCGCCUGGGAUGGCAUUGUUCCCACUCCGGAGUCAUCCUCUGCCUCCGACGUCUCUCUGUCGACAAACUCCACAAUCACCAACGCCUGGUCACCCGCACAUUCCUCUAUUCUCUACCGGGUCGAUGGGUGGGGUGCCCCUUAUUUUACUGUCAAUUCCUCCGGAAAUAUCUCCGUCCUCCCCUACGGCGCGGAUACUCUUCCCCACCAGGAGAUUGACCUCCUCAAGGUCGUGAAGAAGGCCUCUGACCCAAAAGCUUCUGGUGGGCUUGGGCUUCAGUUCCCUCUUAUCGUUCGCUUCUCUGACGUUCUAAAAAAACGGCUUGAAUCUCUGCAGUCUGCUUUUAAUUUUGCUGUUCAAUCCCAUGCCUAUCAGGCUCAUUACCAGGGCGUUUAUCCUGUGAAAUGCAAUCAAGACAGGUUCGUGGUUGAGGAUAUUGUGAAAUUCGGGUCCGGCUUCCGCUUUGGUCUGGAAGCCGGAUCAAAACCGGAGCUCCUCAUGGCUAUGAGCUGCCUCUGUAAAGGAAGCUCCGAGGCUCUUCUGGUGUGCAAUGGAUUUAAAGAUGCAGAAUACAUUUAUCUUGCGCUGGUUGCUAGAAAGCUGCAUUUAAACACUGUGAUUGUUCUUGAACAAGAAGAAGAGCUAGACACUGUGAUUAAUGUCAGCCAGCAACUCCGUUUCCGUCCCGUGAUUGGUCUCCGUGCCAAGCUGAGGACCAAGCAUUCUGGCCAUUUUGGGUCCACUUCAGGCGAGAAAGGGAAGUUUGGUUUAACUACCACUCAGAUUCUCCGUGUUGUGAAGAAACUUGAACAGCAUAGUAUGUUGGAUUGCCUACAGUUGCUGCAUUUCCAUAUUGGAUCCCAGAUCCCUUCCACAGCUUUGCUUGCUGAUGGAGUACAUGAAGCUUCCCAAAUCUACUGUGAAUUAAUCCGCCUUGGUGCUUGUAUGAAAGUCAUUGACAUCGGCGGUGGUCUUGGAAUUGAUUAUGACGGCUCGAAAUCCCAGGAUUCUGAAAUUUCUGUUGGUUACAGUAUUGAAGAUUAUGCUUAUGCUGUUGUUCGGGCUGUAAAAUCCGUGUGUGACCGUAAUGGCGUGAAGCAUCCUGUGAUUUGCAGUGAAAGCGGUCGUGCCAUUGUGUCUCACCACUCAGUUUUGGUGUUCGAAGCUGUUUCUGCGAGUUCCUAUGCAUCUUCUGAGAUGCCUUCUUUUGGACUUCAGUACUUGUUGGAGCAACUCACUGAGGAUGCCCUUGCUGAUUACCGAAAUUUAUCUGCUGCUGCAAUUCGCCACGAGUAUGAUACCUGUUUGGUUUAUGCAGAGCAGCUGAAGCAGAGGUGUGUUCAACAAUUCAAAGAAGGGUCUUUGGGGAUGGAACAUCUUGCUGCAGUUGAUGGACUUUGCGAAAUGAUGUCAAAGGCAAUUGGGGUUUCCGAUAAUGUCCGUACUUACCAUGUCAAUCUAUCAGUUUUUACCUCAAUUCCUGACUUUUGGGGAAUUGGUCAGUUGUUUCCCAUUAUUCCAAUCCACAGGCUUGACGAGAGGCCUGCAAUGAGGGGGAUUUUGUCUGACUUAACUUGCGACAGUGAUGGGAAGAUUGAUAAGUUCAUUGGAGGCGAAUCUAGCUUGCCUUUACAUGAAUUGGAAGGCAAUGGAAGUGUUAAUGAUAAUGGUGGGAAGUACUAUUUGGGGAUGUUUUUAGGUGGGGCUUAUGAGGAGGCACUCGGGGGAGUUCACAACCUGUUUGGAGGCCCAAGCGUCAUAAGGGUGAUGCAGAGGGAUGGCCCUAACAGAUUUGCUGUGACAUGUGCCAUUCCUGGCCCAUCCUGCGGGGAUGUGCUCCGGGUGAUGCAGCAUGAGCCUGAGGUCAUGUUCGAAACCCUCAAGCAUCGUGCAGAGGAAUUUGCUGACAAUGGUGAAGCUCAUGGCAGCAUGUCACUUGCCAGUGGUCUGACCCGGUCCUUCAAUAAUAUGCCUUAUCUGGUUGGCUCAGCAUCUUGCAGCUUGACUGCUGCCAAUGGUAAUAAUGGUUACUUCUAUUGCGAUGAGGAUAUUUUUUCUUCGGCUGCUGAUACUGUGGCUGCUGAGGAUGAGCAGUGGUCUUACUGCGGUGCUUGA